AACAGGAAAUGAUGUCAUAUAUUUUUAAACAAUCCACGGCGCGCUGGGUUAAGACAUUGUUUUCUUGAAGCAAAAUAUAAUAAAUAACCUGCUGUUUCAGCUAAACGGAUUCAUCUGCAGCUCUCCUGCGCUCAUUUCGUAGAAAUACUCUACUGUUGAGCAAACGCUGAUCUGAGCUUUGUAUAUUUGACUGCUUGUUGGCGAGUAACAGGAUGGAGCUUCAGAAGAUUAUUCAUGAUGCACUGCAUGACUUUGUCCGGUCGCACAUACCACAUGCAGAUCUAAGCACACUGGAUGAUGUACUGCUUUCCUACAUCACUGGUAUGCUGGAAGAUUUGGGCUCCCAAUCAAGCGUUGAAGAAAACUUUGAUGUUGAGGUUUUUGUUGAGAUGCUUGAAGCUUAUAUUCCAGGCUUUUCCAGCAUUGAUUGUGUUCAGAUCUGUGAAAUGAUGUUUAGCUUGGCCUCGAAAUUGGCCUCGGCACGGAACGAAGGGUCUUUUGCAUUUAAGCCAGAAGAAGGGAAUUGUUCCUUGACUCCUGCUACAGAGCAAAGAGUCCCCAUGCAAAAGACACAAAGCCAGUCAUCACAUGUAGAGGGAGCCACAGCCAAGGUAAGCACUUCAGAGUGGGAUGAACAGGAACAGCACCUUCUGGAGAUGUUUCCUAAGUGUAGCGUGACAGAAGCCAGAAGUGCGUUAUCUAUUGCUAAAGGAGACAUGGAGGAAGCUGUUCGACUCAUCAUAGAGGGAGAUGUGCAGCUCAAUCCCGCCCCGCCCCUCAGCGGAAGCCAGGGGAAGACUGUUUCUGCACAGGCUGAUAAGAAGCUUAAAGCAAAUAUUUUGGAAAAAUACAUGUUGAUAGAUAGCGAGGAAGAUAAGAGAAUACACAGACCAUUCGUUCCAAAAGAUGCUCCAAAGAAGUUGGUGCGUUACCAUAGCAAUCAAGUGGUGACUACCAAGGGAGAGCGCUACCAUCUGGUCAAGAAAGAUGAAACGGAGGACAUGAAAAAGACUUAUGUUAGCCUCAAACCAGCACGCAAAUACCGCUUUCAUUGAUGAUCUUUGUACAAUUACACAUCUGGUUUUUACAUUUUAUUUAAGAUGGGUGUGAUUUGGGCAGGAUGUGAGCUUUAAAUUGAGGUCAUAUUUUUGGCCAACACCAGUUCUGUUUCACUCCUGACUGCCAAGGGUGGUUAAACGUGUGUGUUUUUUUAUGUUUCGAGACCUUCCAGAGUUGCAUAGUGGAAGCUACCCCUCAUUUUUUCUUUUUCAUGUGCAUGAAAUUGUCCACUUCUCAGCUUAUGACUGCAGCCAGGGCUACAGGUGACUUGCUCUCCAGUGUUCGUGACGGCCACCUCUCAUUUUCUUCUACCACACUAAGUUUACUUCUUGUGUAUUAUGAGUAGUUUUCAUAUUGUACUAGUGUUACUACUGUGUAUCACUCACUGCACUGAUUUAUACCCUAAAAUAGGUCACAGUCCAUACCAAACUACCAGGCCACUAUUCUGUAAGGAUAGGAAGUUGUUUUUGACCCCAGACAUGUUGACGUAACCCAUUAAACCAGCAGAUUUAGUGCCUCGUUCAGAGAUGAAUCUGGCCCAAGCCCUGUAGUGUACACGGCUUGCCUGCUGCGAAUACCCACAUCUAGAAAUGGCUGAUAAGCACAAUAAAAAGCCCAUUAAGCAAUCUGAGCUGCUCUUUAAAUGAAUUAACAACUUUGCAAGCAGAUGUGACUCUGCCAAAAUCAGCUAUUGAGCAGCUGAGACAGUACAACUCAUAGUCUCUCUUUUUUUUAAUAAAUAAAAUGUCAGUCCUUACAGUCUACUGACCAGUCAUGAUUUUUUGUUCGUUAUCAGGGGAGCGCAAAGAAGCUGUGACUAUCCUGAGCUGGAGGCCAACUUGCUAGAUAUAACUUAAGCUAAAAAGAGUUUUAGAAUUACAUGCUCUGGCAAUAAGCUCACUUUGCAUGAGUUGUUGACCAGAUGAUUUUGGAGUGACCUUGUGGUUGAAUCUAGGAUUUCUACUUGAGUUCAUAUAACCCAAUUGUUGGAUUGGUGGACUGACCUUGCCACCUUCAGUGAGGGUGAGCCUGCUAGCUUUGGUUUCUACACGCACUACAGUAUUGUUGGUAAAAACGGGUCAUAAACUCCUGAUUAUUAGAGAAAAGACACCCCUGUUGUAAACAUCUAGGCUCACGGGUUGGUGGACAUCAUAUUAUUCCCCCUAAAACGGCUGGACAUCCAUCCACGGUUGUUAUGUGGCACUCGACUAGGAAGGUCUCUUCAUCUAUGGGCGUUAUUUCAAGACUACUCCUGGAAGUCUGUGCUGCUGUUACUACCAGGACAGCACCAUGCACCUUCUCUAGGUUGUACAGUGUGACACUAGAGGUGUGAGUGCCAGGCUUAUCUCUGAGCACUACUGAGGACAGUCUUGUAUAUUGAAAACGUAUUUGCUAGCCAGAUGAUUCCCACCCCUGGUGUUUAGGUGGGUUGAACUAGAAUCUAGUUACAUAUAUAACUGCUUCUAUGAAUCCCAGUCAAACCGCAAGAUUCUUUGUCAAUUGUAAAUAAUGAGUAGUUUCGAGUAGGUAAAGAUCAGUAGGUAUUAUGGCUAUAUUUAUUGUAAACUCUGCAUCGUGUAUCCCUAUGUGACUUUGUACAGUGCUGGCCUGUGAGUCUACAUGUUCAAGAAGGCCACAAGAUGUUUCCCACUGCCCCUAGUGGUUAUCCAGGGUUCAUAUAUACACAAGAGUAUGUUCGGGGCAGUGUAUGUUGGGCAUGCAGUUUAAAAUCUGAUUAUGUGGUAAUGAAAUAUUUUAGUCUGUAAUACAUGCUGCUAAAUGGUUGUUCUGUUCUAAAAACAAACAGGACGACAGUUUCUGCCUCAAGCAGAUUUAAUGUCUAAAGGAAAAAUGUUACACACUGCAUUUUUGCUCCUGAUAAAAACAUUUUACAAUGUCUAAAAAUUUCAUUUUAUUAAUUUUUGUAGUUUUAAUUCUUUUGACUUUUGAGCAAUUUACACCGGAUCUGUAUAUUAAUUCUGCUCUUCUUUGUUAGAAGUGUUAUGUACUUUGGUGCUUACAGGUCUGCAUGGUUUCCAUGUAAUUCAUGUUCACUGUUCAUAGUAGUACAGGAACCCUGGUGUAUUAACAUUUGUUACAAGAUGUCAUUUGUGCUCAGGUUAUGAAGUUCCUCAAGAAGAUGAAAUCCACUAACUGCACUGCACAACUGUUCAAACAUGUCAAAAUCUUUAUUUUAUUUUUGCUGUAUGAUUAACAUAAAAAUAUGUAAA